AUGGUUGGAGGUGGGAAUCGGAGGGAUGAGGGAUCUUUUAAGAUGACAAAUAAUAAUGUUUUUGCGGCGCUUGACAAUUCGAGGAAGAAGAAGAAGUCAGAUAAGGAUAAGGGCUCGGGGAAGAGCAGUAAGAGCGCUUUGAAAACUGGGGCUGGGAAAUCGAAAGAACCUGAAGAGAAGCCACAGGUUUACUGGUCUCCUGCUCCUUUGACCGUGAAGUCAUGGGCUGAUGUGGACGAUGAAGAUGACGAUGAUUACUUUGCCACCACUGCCCCACCCAAGUCUGUAUGGGGAGGUUCGGGUUUGAAUCAAACUGAAGAAACUACGCAACCAGAUCCCACGGAGGAAAUUGAAAGUGAAGAUGAUCUUCUUGAUGAAGCUGAUGAUGUGGAGGAGGAAGAGGAGCAUGAACACGAAUCACAAGUGCAGGAAAAGCCCGAGCUAGUACCAAUAAAACCUCCAGUAGCUUCACCAGCACCUAAAGAGACAGAAAGGCAGCUAUCCAAGAAGGAGAGAAAGAAAAAAGAGAUGGCCGAACUGGAGGCAAUUUUAGCUAAUUUUGGUGUUACCCCAACCGAGAAAGCCUUAGAUGAAUCGUAUGAUGCUACAAAAGAAAAGAAAUUGGGACAGUUGAAUGGAGAAGCAGAGAAGAAAGAUAGCGACCCUGCAGAAUCCAAAAGCACAAAGAAGAAGAAAAAGAAGGAUAAAGCUUCAAAAGAGGUGAAGGAACUGCAGGAGCAACCUGGCAGCUCUCAUGUUCCUAAUGGACAAGAGGAAAGUGCUGGAACCGAACAGGUGGAAGAUGAUGCAUCAGCUGUUGACAAGAAAGAGCUGCUAAAGAGAAUGGCUUCCGCAAAGAAGAAGAAAUCCAGUAAAGAAAUGGAUGCUGCUGCCAGGGCUGCUUCUGUGGAGGCUGCCACAAGGAACGCAAAACUUGCUGCUGCUAAGAAGAAAGAGAAGAACCAUUACAACCAACAGCCAGCACGUUAG